AUGUUCAAAAAUUCUCCUAAAGUUUUAGAAAAUAUCACGAAGGAGUUUAAUCAAAAAUAAGAAAACAUCUGGAAUGAGGAAUUUCUUUAUAUUUGCAUAAAAAAUUAUGAUAUAAAGUUUUACAAGGAAUAAGCCACUGAACAGCAUAAGGAAGAAAGAGCCCUUUAUAAAUCCGUCAUGUUUUAGUAGCUACAAAAUGAAUCGAAAGAUUUUAUUCAUAAAUUAUUUAGUACUUUUAUUACUGACGAAUUGAAGCACAUUUAUCAUGAAAAAUUUAUGGAGAUAAGGAAUUCCUUAAAUCCAAAGGAAUAAGAAUUCUUUAAAUAGAAGUUUCUAAGCAAGAUGCAAGAACAGAGAAACACUUUGCUCUAAAAUUAGAAAGAAAUAGCAGCGUUUAUCAAUUAGCCAGAAGAAAUAAAUAAAUUCACCAAACUACUCAAAUAAGAAAUCUAAGAAUAGCUAAAAAAAGGAGCUUUUCUUGUUCCUUAAUCCCUAAGCAGGUAACCAGUACAAAAUGGCUAAAGCGGGAAUGUUUCUUCAGCUUUACCUCAUCCUCCAAUGCCUCAUUAAAAUCAAUAUUAACCUUCAAAUACUUCUUCAUAAUAAGGAAAUUAUAAUUAGCAAAAUAACUAACAGUAAGCAGCUAGUAGUAUCAAUCAAAGUAGUAAAUAUCCGCCAAUUAAUAUGAAUGGAAAUAGUGGAAAUAAUACAAAUGUUAACAACACUAGCAUUUAGAAUUAGUAAUAUCAGUCUAACAAUGCAGCUGCUAAAAAUUUCGCAAAUCAAAAUUAAAAUAAUUUAAGUAAAGAAAAUUAGCAAUAUACUGGCAGUAAUGGUUAAAUUAACCCAAGUGGAAUUCAUACCAACUCAAACACUAAUAAUGAUAGUAAUAACAAUAUGAAUGGAAAUAGCAAUAAUAUGAAUGGGAGCAACAACAGUUUGCCAGGGUAGUCUAAUACUCCCAAAGAAGGCAAAGCAAAUAAAUUUUAACAGUUACCAAUUCCUGCUGGAUUCAACACGAAAAAUAUCAAAUCAAAUAUUAUAGACCCAAAUCCUAAAAUAUUGCAAAAUCUUGGAAUCAAAAGCAACAAUGAUACUAGCAGAUAGCCUGUAUAUAACUAGCCAAACCCUAAAAAUUAAAAUGAUUUAUAGAACAGAAACGAGAGAAGCAACUCUACUUCUUCUCAUGGAGGGACUAGCAUGCAAAAUCAUUAAAUGGAAAUUGAAAAUUAAGAAAUUCCUCCACAAAUGAAUGUGGAUGUUUAGAAAUAAAAAGACGAUGCAAAUAAUUAAUUAAACUCCAAUAGAAGUAAUAAUACUUCUAUCAAUGCCCCACAAAAGAAUGCAGCAGCUCCUGUAAAUAUGUUUCCGUUGGAUCAAAAAAAAUUGAUAAGCCGUAAACUAAAAGUGAAAGCAACUCCUCCUCCAGUAAGUCUAAACGAUUACAUAACAUUUUUAAAUAUGCCUCAUAUCCCAGAAUUUUAGGAAAUUGAAAGCAGAAUCUAUGGACUAGACAUUGAAGAUAAGUUCACAGACCCUCCUUAAAUCCCUUUUAUUCCAGAAAGUACAAAUAAGAGUCCAUUUUAGCAAGAUUCAAACUAAGCUUAAGGAAAUGGUAAUUAAAACUAAAAUACUAUUCCUAAAAAUGCAGUUAAUAACUCCAACAACUAAAAAUAAAACUAAGAAAGGAAAAAUUUCACUUUAUAAAAUAGCUCACCUGCAAAAAAUAUGAUGAGAGUAGGUUCAAACAGUUCAAAUUCAUCAAGAAAUCCAAGCAAUAGUAACAACAAUAGCAGUAAUUAGCAGAAAGCAACUCCUCCAAAUACUAAUCAAAUUAGUAAUAAUACUUAGAUUAAUAAGGGAAAUACCAGCUUGCCACCAAAUAAAAAUCCAGUUGGUGGAUUUGAGAGCUAGUAAGUAAAACAGAAUAUUUAGUAGUAAGUCAGUAAUAAUCCAAACUAAUAACGAAUGAGCUUUGACUAAAAUUAACAAAAAAUAAACCCAAACAGCAUUUAGCUUUAAAAUAAUAAUAAUAAUUAGAGUGUCUAAUAAUCACCUAAAAUUCCUGAUUAAUUUUAAAAUAACUAAGCGAAUAAAUAGUAAAAUAAUAAUUUAAAUGGGAGAUCAAUUUAAAAUUCUUAAAACUAAAUUAUCCAUUAAAAUCCAUAAUACCCACCUUAACGAAAUAAUUAUUAGCAAAAUACACCAGGUAAUUAAUAAAGAUAAUAACAAUAAUAGAGUCCUUACCCUUAAAAUCCAUAAAACAACUAAAAUAGUAUGAACAAAGUAAAUAACCCAAGUUUAAACCCUGCUAACUAGAACAUCAACGUGAAUAAAGGAGUUAAUGAUAUUUAAAAAUAAGUAAAUCCUAAUUAAUACAAUUAAUAUUCUUAAAAGAGUAAUAUCAAUCCCAUCAACCAAGACAAUCAGUAAUAUAUAAAUGGAAAUAAUAAUCCUUAAUUAAAUAUUACUCCUUAAAAUAAUAUACCUAACACAUAGAGACCACCAAAUAAUAAUCCGGUUCAAAAUUAAAAUCAAUCUAAUUAAUCUAACAAAAACUAUUAAGGUAAUAGUAAUAGUAACCUGAACUAAUAAGGUAACAAUUAUAACUAGAAUCCUCCUAAUAAAUAUUAAAAUAGCUAAACUCCAAAUUCUAAAACGCCAUAACAAGGAUAUAAUCAAUAAACAAAUUCUACAUUUUAAUAAAAUUCUAACUAAAACCCUAAACCAAACAGCUAGCAAAACAGUAUUAACUAUCCAUAAAAUCAAAGAAGUAACAAUAAUGUAGUAAGUAACAAAGGUUAUUAGAAUUAACCAGGGUAUAGCUCUAAUAAUAGUGCAAACCCCAACAAUUUUAAUAAUAAUUCUAAUUAAAUGCAGCAGAAUUACUAGCAAUAUCCAUAGUAAAAUGCUGCAAGAUCAACAAAUCCAGAAUAAAUAAAUAAUUUGAACAAUUCUAAAAACAGUACAAAUUCAAAUUAAGCUCAAAGGAGCAUAUUACCAUAAAACGCAAUUAGAGGAACAUCAGGAGAUUUAAUUAAUUAAAAUUUGAGAUAAAAUUCUUCAGGCAGCAAUCCAGUAAAUUCUAAUAUAAAUCCACAAACUUCAUAGUAGAUGAUUUAUAACACUGGAGGUAGUAACCAUUAUGUUGACCAAAACAAACCUCGAAAUUUAAGCAGUGGUUCUUAAGGCUAGUUUAGAAAAGAAAAUUUAACCUUGAAUCCAGAUUUAGGUGUGAGCAAUUAUAUAGAACAAGGAAAUAAUUAUUAAAGUGGUAGCUAGUAUAAUAUUAAUUCUGGAUAAGCUAAAAGAGAUAGCAACAAUUCUUCAUACCACAAUUAAAAUAUAUGUGACUAAAGUACUCAAAACUCUUUUAACAAUUAGGUUUUAAUGCAUUAAAGUAAUGGAAGUAAUAGUAAUAGAAAUGCUUAGAAUUAAAGCUUCAAUUAAAGAUCAAGUAUCAAUAGCAAUUAUGGAUCAACUUAUGGUAAUAAUUUUGGUGAAUACAACUAACAUUCGGGCUUAAAUAAUGAUAAGACAGGUUCUAUUUACGAUGAAAAUAGCUAUUAAAAUUAGAGCAUGUAAGGUUUAGACAAUAAUAGCUAUCAAUAAAACGACUAUAGCAGCAAUCACAACAAUAAUAACAAUGGUUUUUACUUAGAGAAUGACUAUAAUUAAUAAUAUAAGCAAAAUGAAUAUAUCAAUGAAGACAAUUUAGGAGGUGGAAACUAUUAUAAUCAAAAUAACUUAGAUAACUAAAAUGUAAUCAACAAAAAUGCUAAUACUUAUGACUAUCAAUAAAAUAAUACAAAUAAUGGCUAUUAAGACAAUAAUACAUACGAUUAUAAUUAUCCUAACUAAAGUAAUUAUUUGUAAGAAUAAGAUAAUUUAGAAAAUACUUCAGUGAAGAGUUCUUACUACUAAAAUAAUUAAAUUUAGAGUGAUAUCUAUAAUGGAUAUGGAGAUAAUUCCGGUUUUUAAAAUUAAUAAAAUGAUUUGAACACUUCUUCUUACAAUUAAUAAAACUCAGUAAUAGGUAUGGCAGCUCCUACAUCGAAUCAGUCAAGCAUAACAUAGAAUUAGGGAGGAUUAUCAGAUUAUAAGAACAUGAAUUAUCAAAACAAUUAUAAUAGCGAAAAUUUCGCUCCACCUGUUAGUUAGUUUGACUAUUAAAAUCCUGUCUCUGCAGUAAGUAACAUAGAAGAAUAAAAGAGCGUUCAAGAUUAUAAUUCAUAUUAAGAAUAACCAUAAGACUAGUCUUAGGGAAAUAAUUAGUGGUAGUUUGAUACUUAUGAAAUAAAUCCAUAAUAAUAGAAUGAUGUACCUCCUAUUAGUGUUCCAAAUAAUAACAUAGAAUAAUAAAAAGCAGCAGAUUUUAAUUAAGUUAGCUCUCACAAUAUGCAUGGAUCAAAUUCUUCAUUUAGCAAUCAUGUUUAUUAGUAAGAUUCUAAUUAACCAGCUAAUUAAAUUAAAAAAAACUCUACUUAAAAUUUUAACAAUUAAAAUAUGGGAAAUUCUGGAAAUUACUCUCUAAAUAAUUCAAUAAGAUCAAAUUCUUAUGGAGAAAAUUAAACAAGUCAAACAUUCAUUUAGAAUAAUUAAUAAAUUCCAUAAUAUAAUCAGCAGCCCUAUCCAAACCCUACAAACUAAUAUGAAUAUGGAUUUAACUAGUAAGUAAAUAUGCCUCAAGCUUAAAUUGAUGGAGUUAAUUAGCCAAAUUAUAACUAAAGAAGUGGUUCGUAUGAUAAUAGAUAAGUUCUUAACUACUCUCAAGGUUAACAAUAAAAAUAAAAUGUAGGAAUGGCUUAUAACCAGCCUAUCUAGCAAUUAAAUUAAGUCUAAACAAAUUAGUAACAUUAGAAUUACAUUGAAAAUAGGAAAACUAGUGCUUAAUAAAAUAUCUAAAGUAGCUCUUAAAUAAAUAGCAGCCAUAACAUGAAUGAAUAAGUUUAUAGUAAUAAUAAUUUAUAAAUGAAUCGUUCAAAUGGUAUGCAAAACAACAACAAUAACAGUUAAAUUAACUAUUAAAAUGUUAAUGCUAAUCAAAAUAUUCCUAUGCAAGCAAAUUAAAAUAACUACUCAAAUUACACACCUGAGUCAACUACAUCAUUACAAUCGCCAUAUCCACAAAAUCCAAAUAGGCCAGUUAAUGAAUAAAUGAAAUUUUAUGGAUAUACUAAUGAUUAAAGGAGCUACAAUUCAAGUACACCUUCUACGACUUACGAAGGCUAAAAUGAUAUUAACUAGGCUGCAAGAUUUAAUUAGAAUUUAAAUUAUCAGAACUAGUAACCAAUUUAGCAACCAAAACCAUAAGCAAUUAUUCCUUAAGCUUAAUUCAAUCCUCAUCCAUUAAAUACUAGUGCAGGACCAGCUGUUGAUAAAGUCUAAGUUUAUAAGACAACUUAAGACUUUGAAGGUGACAGCCCUGAUUUCAAAAUCAUAAACUCAGCCUUCGAAAAGGGAAAUUACUCCAAUCCGUACCAAGAAUAAAUUAAAAAAGAUAUAAAACAAUUUAAGCAAGUAAAACAAAAUAUUAUUUUAGAAAUCUAGCACAACAUUUAGGAUCCUAAAAGCUUUUACAUACUAAUAAAUGAUGAAAAAAGAAAGAAUUAUGGGUGCUUGAAAAUCUUAGUCACUCCAUAGUAAUAUAAAAUGAUUGAAUUCCUACAUAUCGAAAAAGCAGGUUAAAUCCUCAAAUCAGUAAAUAGUAACACAAAAUUAAUCGAUUUGAUUAAGCACUGGUGGAAAUUUGAAUAUGACAUGCAAAAUAAAAAAUGA